GGCCCCGCCCCCCCGGACCCCCCCCCCCUCACCGCGCCCACGUGACCCGCAGCCAGUGUUUGGCGUGCGCGGCCGCCCGAGGUGACGUCACAGCCUCUCCCCUCAGACGAGGGGGGACAUCGUUUACGAGCACUUGGUGCGGCGCUCAGCUUUUUACAAAAAAUAAUUUCUAUUCGGCUUUAUUAAUAACCAUUUUAUUUCAUUGGACACAUCCACGUCCCUAUUUUCCCCUCGUGUACAGGCGGGGGGUGGUAUUUUUUUGAUGCGGAUAACAAAUUCCCGCUUUGCGUCUCUUCACGCGUGGCGCGCCGCUGACGGCGGCGGCUGCUACCCUCGUCAUUAACGACGACGACGGCGGCUACGAAGACGACGACGACGACGCUUGGGACACUGGCCGAGGCUCAGCUGUGACGUGGGUGGCUCCAGACGCGGUGUACCUGCCGUGAAGACGCCACAAUGAAGUUGGCAGAUGAGCCCGCCUACCUAACAGUGGGCACCGAUGUGAGUGCCAAGUACCGUGGUGCCUUCUGCGAAGCCAAGAUCAAGCUGGUGAAACGGCUCCUGAAGCUGAAGGUCACAUUCAAGCAUGACCAUUCGACGCAGUUGGUGCAAGAUGAUCAGGUGAAGGGUUCAAUUCGGGUUGGUGCUCUUGUGGAGGUCAAGGUGAAUGAGGGAACUACUUUCCAGGAGGCCGUGAUAAACAAAAUAACAGAUGCCAGCUGGUAUACAGUGGUGUUUGACGAUGGCGAUGAGAAGACCCUGCGGAGGUCGUCCCUCUGCCUCAAGGGCGAGAGACACUUUGCCGAGAGCGAGACCCUGGACCACCUGCCUCUGUCAAACCCAGAACACUUUGGCACUCCAGUCAUGGGAAAGAAGUCGAAUCGUGGCCGGCGCUCCAGCCCUAUUGUUCCCAAUGAAGAGGAAGAGGAGUCAUCUUCGUCAGAAGAAGAAGAUGAAGACCAGAAAAGGAUUAAUGAUGACCUCUUGGGCAAGGUGAUGGCGGUGGAUUCGGUUGGAGGAGAGCGCAAGUGUCGUGGCUUCUGUCCAGUACUGGUUGUGUCGCCAGCUUGCAGCGAUGAGAUCACGGUGAAAAAGGACUUCUGCCUUGUGCGCUCUUUCAAGGAUGGGAAGUUUCACGUGGUUCUGAGGAGCGACCUGAAAGAGCUGAACUUGGACUCGGCGCCCAAAUUGGAACCGUCACUAAAGUCGGCGCUUGAAAGCGCGCUGGAGUUCAGGGAGGCGCUGAUGGUGCCUCCAUGCUGGCGUUCGGAGCUGAGUGAGGACAGCUCCACCGAGGAGGACCCGGACGAUGACGACGGCCCCGCUGACGAAGAAGAAGACGAUGAUGGCGGAGGUCGUGGCAGCAAUGGGAGCCGUGCCCAGGGCGACAAAACCGAGCCUGAAGAGGAGCCAAACCCUGAGGAAAAGGAGAACUUUCUGCAGCAGCUCUACAAAUUCAUGGAUGACCGAGGAACACCAAUAAACAAAACCCCAUUUCUGGGUUACCGGGUCCUGAAUCUCUUCAAGCUUUAUCGGCUGGUCCAGGAGCGGGACGGCUACAUUUGUAUUGAUAGUGGCGCAGUAUGGAAACUCAUUUACAAAGAGCUCGGACUCCCGAUUCUCAACUCUGCAGCGUCCUACAACGUGAAGACUGCAUAUGGAAGAUACCUGCAUGGAUUUGAGGAAUACUGCAAGUCGGCUGGAAUCAGAUUCAACUUAUCGCUGACCUCCGAGCCUAAGGCAGAAGAACCGAAACAACAGCAACAGAAGCCACAACAGCCUAAGCAGCCACAGAAGCAGCAGCAGAAGCAGCAACAGAAGCAACAGCAGCAACAACAAAAACAGGAGGCGCAAGCAGAGGAAAGACUGGACACCAGCAAAGAAUCGCUGAAAAAAGAUGCAACCCCCAUAGUGAAGAAGUCAGACAAGCAGCCCGCCGAGGAGAAAGAAAGGCCGCCGUCACCUGUCAAGUCGGUCAAGGCGGUCAAGGCGGUCAAGGUGGUCAAGGUGGUCAAGUCUGUGGAGCCUGGGGAAAACAGCACCGCGGCCAAAAGCACAAAAGAAGAUGCGUCAUCCAGUUCUGAGAGUGAAAAAGAAGAUGAGGUGGCCAAGCCUCAGAGAGGUCGUCGGAGGGUCAUGCGAGACAUCCCUCCGCGUAAAAGCAUCACGCCCCGGGAGUCGAAGAAAGAGGGCAAACCGGAGAAGGAUGAGGGUGUCCGGGAAGACAACAGCCUAGAGCAGGACAAGGACAGCUGUCCAACCCCUUCUACCGCUGCUGUCUCCACUGUGCCCCCCGCCGCACCGGCCGCUGCUCCGAUUGAGAACGCGGAGGGCGCCAAGGGGGAGAGCGACAAGCCGGUGAGGCUGGUGGAACCUUGCGCAGCCACGGCGGGUGACCCGGCCGGAGAUGAGUCCCAGGUGAAGGAGGAGGAGUGCCAUUCAAGCAUCGCCGAUAGCCAGGGCGAUUGCUGGAAAUACCAGGAGGAGUCGGCGGACCUUGGUGCGGGGUCAAGCGAUGUGACGUCUCCCAAGCAGGAGCUCAAGGACAAAGCAGACGGGGACAUUUCUGACAGCACGAUGAACGAGGGAGAGGAGGGCGUGGAGGAGCUGCUCGGAUACCCACUGGGCACCAAGGUGCGCGUCAAAUACGGCAGAGGCAAGAGCCUCAAGAUCUACGAGGCGAUCAUCAAGGACGUGGACACGGAGGGCGAAGAGGACACUGACGUCAUCUACCUGGUGCACUACUACGGCUGGAACGUCAGGUAUGACGAAUGGGUAAAGGAGGAUCGAAUCAUAAGACCGGUGGACAAAAACAUACCUAAAAUCAAGCACAGGAGAAAAACUAAGAACAAAGCAGACCGGGACAAGGCGGAGGCCUUGAGGAAAGAGGAGAAAAGACAGGAGCCUGGUGUGGGCCGUGGGAGGCGUGGGCCGGUUUCCGGGAAGUCCCCACCCGGCUGCAUCACCCCUCCUCUACGCGGAGGCCACCGUGGUGGGCACACCGGAACCGGGCGCGGCGGCCACCGCACCACGCGCAGCGGUGUGUCUCCGCUUACCAAUGGGCACGAGGGCAUGCAACGCAGACACACACGUAGAAGUUCUGGUGUUGGGGACUUUGACAAGAAGUCUGAUGCUUCCAACAACUUCUCAAGUGAUAGUGAAAUGGACGAUGAGAGUUCUUCAAACAGCUCUGAGCGGCAGGAGAUGGACGACGGUUUUGCAACAAGUCCCGACGCCACGAUAGAAAAGGAGUCCGACGAGGGUGCCGAGGAGAGCGAUGUGCUGGUGUUGCUUGUUACGUCGCCGUCACAGGAGGAGCACGUGGUGGACAAGGAUGAGACAAAGCCAGCGAAGUCAGCAGUGCCACAAGAUGCAAAGGAAUUGGGAGCUGUGGCACAACAGAGCAGCCCGAGGCAGCAGCAGCAGAAUGACAAACUGCAGAAACAGCAGCAGCAGGACCAGCAGCAGAAACAGCUGAAGCAGAAACAGCAACAACUGCAACAGAAGCAGCUUGAGCAGCAGCAGGAGGAGCAGCAGAAACAAGAGCAGGAACGCAAACAGGAGCUGCAGAAGCAGGAGAUGCAGAAACAACUGGAGCAGGAGCAGAAACAACAGCAGCAACUGAAGCAGGAGCAGGAGCAGAAACAGCAGCAGCAACUGAAGCAGGAACAGGAGCAGCAACUGAAGCAGGAGCAGGAACAGGAGCAGAAACAGCAGCAACUGAAGCAGAUGCAGGAGCAGGAGCAGAAACAGCAGCAGCAACUGAAGCAGAAGCAGGAGCAGAAACAGCAGCAACUGGAGCAGGAGCAGAAGCAGGAGCAGGAGAAGAAACAGCAGCAACUGAAGCAGGAGCAGGAGCAGAAACAGCAGCAACUGAAGCAAGAGCAGAAGCAACAGGAGCAGAAACAGCAACUAUUGAAGCAAGAGCAGAAGCAGCAAGAACAGAAGCAGCAAGAACAGAAACAGCAGGAACAGAAGCAGCAGGAACAGAAACAGCAACUGAAGCAAGAGCAGAAGCAGCAGGAACAGAAACAGCAACUAUUGAAGCAAGAACAGAAGCAGCAAGAACAGAAGCAGCAAGAACAGAAGCAGCAGGAACAGAAGCAGCAGGAACAAAAGCAGCAGGAACAAAAGCAGCAGGACCAAAAGCAGCAGGAACAGAAGCAGCAGGAACAGAAGCAGCAGGAACAGAAGCAGCAGGAACAGAAGCAGCAGGAUCAGAAGCAGCAGGAACUGAAGCAGGCACAGAAGCAACAGCAGCAAAUAAAGCAUGAGCAGAAGCAGCAGGAGCAGAAACAGCAGCAGCAACUGAAGCAGGAACAGAAACAGCAACAGCAGCUACUAAAGCAGGAGCAGAAACAGCAGCAGCAACAAUUGAAGCAGGAGCAGAAACAGCAGCAACAACUGAAGCAGGAGCAGAAACAGCAGCAGCAGCAACUGAAACAGGAGCAGAAACAUCAGCAGCAGCAACUAAAGCAGGAGCAGAAACAGCAGCAGCAACAAUUGAAACAGGAGCAGAAACAGCAGCAGCAGCUGAAGCAAGAGCAGGAGCACAAACAGCAGCCGAAGGCACAUCAACUACCGCUACAGCAACAACAAAAGCAAGAAAGUGUCACGGGUGAACUUCAGCUCUCUCCAGCUAAAGAACCUGAGAAAGCAGCUGUCACUGGGCCAAAGUCAAGGGUCAGGAAGGAGCGCACUAAGCCGGAUUCCGUCAUGGAGGUGCUGGAGCCAGCACUGCCAGUCCUCGUCGUGUCGAGCGAGGAGGCGUCUGACUCGGGGGAAGAACGGAGGGUAAGCACGGAGACCGAUGGGGAGGGCUGCCUGUUGGCUGUUCCCAGUGGGGAGACUCCUGCCUCUGAGGAGCGAUCCUCGUUUCAGUUGGCGCCGAAGAAGCCGGAGGAGCCAGAGGAAGUUUCGGAGCCCGGUGUUCAAAAGCCACAGAAAAUGGUGACAAAACGGCGCAGCCCUCGCAGGUCGAGCACGUCCAGCAGUCAAGACAAGAAAGUGAAACUGGAAAAGGAGCAUGAGGAGCCCGCUGAGCCCAUGCAGGUGCAGGAAACGAAGGAUGUUACAAGUCCAGAGCCUACCUCAAAGGGCAUUGAGGUAGUUUCAGCACCUUGUGCGAGAAGGGAAUUGGUCUCUGAAAGGCUUGUAGACAAAUCAUCUCUAACUACAGUGGAGCUACCUGACACCGCCAUAAGGCCGGCACGGACAAAGGAAGAGGAGGAGAGGGAGCAGGAUAAUCUUGUCUCGCAAACGUUGAUGGAGAUAUCCAUGUCGGAAGCACCUCGGCAGGAAGUAGCAAUGGGCCGGUCUGACACACGGAGCGGUUUAGAGAGGCCUUCUAGUAGCCCCCUGGCAACACCGCUGCAGAGUUCCGCCUCGGCGUUUAGAGAGUCCAUGCCUGCUGUUUCGGCCUCCCCACCGGUUUCCUCAUCCCCUGGCACUCCGUUUCUCACUCCGCUCAGCACCCAGUUUAGUACCCCCUUCAGCACGCCUCUUACCUCUCCACCAAGCACAUCUCUUGGCACUGCCCGCAGCAUGCACCCUGGCACACUCACCAGCACACCGCGUGGUACCACGCACAGUGCCCCACGCGGCACUCUAUUCGGCCCCCGUUCCGGGACUCCACUCGGCUCGUUACUUGGCAGCCCGCGUGGUCCUCCCCGCGCCUCCCCACGAAGCCUUGCUCGUAGUGUCGCUAUGAGUCCGUCCCUGAGCCCUCGUCUACCAGGCCCUAUGACUCCUUGCCUACCCUCAUCCGUGGCCCCAAUUUUCACUCCUCCCAUGGUCCCGUCGCUCGUUUCUUCAAUUCACUCCCCUAUGACUGCCCCAUUGGGUCCCAGGAUGGGUCCUCGCUUUGCCUCGCCAACGUCCUCGCCUCCGUCUACUUCCUUCUCGUCGGCCACAGCACCCUCUCCCGCUUUGGCUCCUCCGUCGACACCUUUGGCCCCUCUGCCACCACCGCCGCUGCCACCUGCGGCUAUUCCUGCCGCCCCCGCGAGGACAUCGUCGGAUGAGAGCCGGAGCUCGCCGAGCGGGAGCGGGACGGCUGCACAUGUGGGCAGCCUUGCAGCAUCACAGGGCACGCCCUCUGAAGGCAAUGCCUCGCCCACCUCCUUCGAUGAAAGCGUCAGCAAUGGAGGCGGUGGCGGAGGCGGGUCCAGUUCUGCGGAUCAUAAGGACCGAGGCUUGAAGAGAUUACAUGCCACACCCAGCGGGGGAACCACCAAAAAGCACAAGAGGAACCAUAAACGUGCCAGUGCUAGCCACAAGAAGGACAAGCAUGAAGCAGGUCACAGCAGUGACAGUGAGGACCUCCCAGCACUGAGCACUGGCAAGGUCUCAUCACAGGCCAGCCACCAUGGCACGCGGUCUCCCCGUGGCACCAAGUCUCCUGCGCACAGCUGCCCGCCCACCAGGGCCCACGGAGAGAGUCGCGUGGCCUGUAGCCCCCCUCGGGCUGGCAGGUGGACCCUACUGCCCGCUGGUGGAGACUUGUCGAGCCUUGCGCCUCCGGAGCGGAUCGUGGUGCUGCAGGACAAGCUGCAGGAGAUCCGCCGCUGCUACAUGUCCCUUAAAUCCGAAGUGGCCACCAUCGACCGCCGCCGCAAGAAAAACAAGAGGAAGGAGCGUGAGGCCACAGCAACGACGGCGACAUCCUCUGGAUCAGGCUCCGAGUCGACUCUGGGCUCUGUGUCUCCAGCCCAGAACACGGUCCCGGUGGAGUGCAGGUGACCAGCCCUGCUCACCCGGCAUCCUGGCAGCUGUCACGCAUCCACACGCAUUCAGUCCUGUGAUCCUGAAAUCCUGUUAACGAGGGAAGAGAAGGUGACGAGAUUGGAGAGAGGUGGAGACUGAGGGUGAGAAAGUGUCGGGGAACAAAACCACCGCUUCCUCUGCCAAACAGCGAGAGUGGAUGCAGACCUCGAAACCAGCACAUGCUCACACGAGCCAAACACUGCACAAAGUGCCCCUUCUGGUAUAAGACUCGUUCAGAAAUUUUAGGGAUUUCAUUUUUUCACUUUUUUGGUUUCUUUUUACUGCUGUUACUAUUGAAAGUAGUUCUAAAUCUCCGGCUGAUCUUGUUGGCACAAUGGUGCUCUUUUUGAGGCUACAUUUCUUAUUCUGUGACAGUUCUGCAAAUUGUGCAUUUUCAUACAUUGGUGAUGCUCGCAUUUAAAUUGAUACAUUUGGCAGUAAUAGAGCGAGCCCAUUUUGCUUUAUUACCAUUUCCUUUGUACGAACUUUGUCAGAGAAAUGUGUUCCUAUAUCUAGAUGAAGCUGUUGGUUUCUGGUUUGGAAGGAGUUUUCUGAGCCUGCUGCAUCACUCGUGCGCUGUGUUUACUUUAACCUCUCUCGGUUUCACGUGAACCUUAGGAUUUCAGCAUUUCUAACAAGAAACGUAUUGUAAAUGUCUAGGAUGAAAGCUAAACUUUGUUGUGGAAUUUUGGCAGCUUGUUCAUAAGGGUGUCUUCACCAGGGUGCAAAUGCACCGGCAACCUUAUCAUGGGCCAGUUUUGUAAGGAGCUUCUAGUAUUGCACUUAAUCGAACUCUAUUCCGUUUUUUGUUGAUAUAUUUAGUAGAUAGGGUGAGCUUCCUUUACAAUGAAUGUUAGGUGGGAGAUGUAUUGACCAGCAGCCACUGUUGUUCUGUGGCACAAGAGAAACAGUUCACUGCUAAGUGCUAAUACAUCCCACUGGGGACAUUUUCAUAUUGCAAUAUGGUGUUUUAAAGCUUUUUAAAGCAGAAAGAAUCUGUCUGAAAAGGUUGGAAUGUACUGCAUCGACGCUUCACGCUCGUCUUUUGCAUUAUGGCUAGCAAAAUGCACUAGCUUAGCAGUUAGUACAGUACACUGUUUCUCUUUAAUUACAUUUUAUAUGAAAACAAAAGUUUUGUUUUUUAUUUUUACAAAAAAAUAAAAUUAAAAUAAAAUUGAAAAUUGUUUGACAAAGACGCUAUUUAAGAGGUUUAUAAGAGUUUCUAAACCUGAGACGUUUCUUAUGUAGAGACGUGUGUUGCUGGAUGAUUUGAGUAUAUUUAUUCAGAUAAGAUGGGCGAAUAAGAGUUUUGUAUUUUUUAUCUAUUUUAAAAUUAUUGCAAAGUGAUGAAAAUGUUUUUUUUCUGUUCCCAGAGCAGUCCUCUUUCGUCCCAUAGUUUUUUUUUUCUCCUGAACAGGCGUCUCGUCGUAAGCCGCUAAUCUGUUUAAUCCAAGCUGCCCCGUUCCCCUUAGUCCUCCAGGCCACUGCCUCCUUCCUGUUCCCGAGUUGCUUAUUCUUUGCUUAACUUAUUUCAGAUUCAAUUCACUGCCAAAAUGACCUGCUUAUAAUUUGGUUCACAGUCUGCCCUAACCUGAGUUUUCGGACUUAAGGAUCAAUUUAACAAAAACAUUUUCUUGGCUCAUAUUUGACAUUUGUGCGCUUGUUUAAUAAAGAUUUUGUUUAAUAAAGCUAUGUCAAAAUA